AUGUCGAAUGUAGACAUCGCCAAAUAUGGGGACGACAUUGGGGUGUCAUACCUGGCGGGCUAUAUCAUUCUGUCUUAUGUAGUAAGCACCAUGGGCUGCGCAACAACAUUGGAACUUCUUCAUCGACGGACAUCGGGGUCGGGGCUGUACAACUGGUAUCUGUUACUGACGUCCUCGGUCACCAUGGGUGGCAUUGGCAUUUGGUGUAUGCAUUUCAUCGGAAACCGAGCGAUUGUUCUGGGCGAUGGGCUUCCCAGCAUUCAAAUUCUUUACAGCGUAACUUUCACGGGUAUCUCGUUUAUAUUGCCCGUGGUGGUGUUGCUGGUAGCCUUCUACGCCAUUGGGACUAGCGAGAAAGCCGGAUAUCUCCGCAUCUUCAUGGGCGGAUUGCUGACCGGCAGUUCGGUCUGUGGUAUGCAUUACGUGGGCCAGCUUGGUAUCGCCAAUUAUCGAUGCACUUAUCACCCGGCAAAUGUCGUUGGAGCCGCUAUCAUCGCCGUCUUCGCCAGUACCACCGCUUUGACGGUCUUCUUUCGAUGGAGGGCGACUUGGACGGAUAGCUGGUGGAGGCGUGGUCUCUGUGGCUGCAUUCUCGCCGUUGCUGUUUCGGGGAUGCAUUGGACAGCAGCUGUCGGGACAAUGUACAAGGAUUACAACCCAGCUAUCCGCCGUGGCGCUCAAUUGUCUCGAAGCCAGACUGUGAUCAUCUGUGCUGUCCUGGCAUGCGUGGCUUGCGGCGUCUUAUCACAGCUAGUCUUGACUUGUGCCUUCUUCGACUCUGAAGGUCGAAUCAUGGUGACACCGCAUGCGCUGCUUCCUAGCCGGAAAAUCGUCGAUCGUUACAUUGGCCGGACAUUCAACGACGAUGACCUUACCCGAACCCAUCCCGCCUUUCUCUGGGCAUUCCGAGCAAGUAGGAACUGGCCAUUGGUCAAGGACCUUAUCCCCUUUAUGAGAACACGUAUCGAGUCGGAUCAGACCAUGAUGCAACACUACGUCUCUAAGGGCGUUGUUUCGGAUCAGGAUACGGAGCUGCAGCCAGACUUUGAUGAUAUAUUCAAGCGUCACUUCUGCGUGGCUGCUCAGGAACUUGCUGAUGAGGUUCGACAGCCGUUGCCAGAUCUGGGGAUGCUAUAUGAUGAUGUGUUGGCUACGUCUGCCCCGUAUUCGCGUUUCUCUCGCGCCAUGGGAUAUUCUCGGCUCCGUGCCGGAAAAGGUCAGCUACUAUUUACAGUGCGCCAACUUAAGAAGCAGGAAGCCUCCCGUUUGGCCUCAGCAGGGUUCCGAUUCACAAGCAUUGAGAACGUUACCGACAUCCUGUCUCGUCGAAUCCAUGUCCCCACAUCAUGCUUGGGGGUUCACCUCCGAGACAUGCGGGAUUACGCCACGUCUGGCCGGAAUUUCGAGUCAGGCGUGCACCUUAUUUCGUUCGUCAUGCGUCCUACAAUCCACGACCAUUUCGAGGUUCUCACCGCGAAGGGUACUGGCAACCCACUGCCGUCAUCGACUUUGUUGACUCAGCAGCGACUACAAAUUCAACACCUGGAGCUGAUAACUCACAUGGAGGGAUGGGCCAUAUCGACAUGCUUGAAUUGGCUGAAGUCCGACGCUGCGCUAUUAUACAAGGAUCUUGACGAGUUUCGUGAGCAAUUGGUCCGAGCAAUGAUGAAGCUGUCCUCUUCCCUACCAACCGAUGUCAGUGCAGCGUCCAAGUUUUCGGCACGCCCUCUCAUCGCGCCGUGUCGUAGCCCAGACAUGCCCGCUCGACAGGACUGCAUUCUCCUACCGUUCUGUGCCGUGGCGUCCUUGGACACGAAGGUUUCGAACCCGGAUUACACCUUCACUCCACUUCGACUUUUCCGCGUGCAGCAGCAAGUAAACGACGGCAUAUCCGACUCUGGUGGCUUCGCCAAAGAAAUAAACCAGGAACUAUUUUAUUCGAACGUCCUCUCUAGCACAGACACCGCUACAGACUCGGACCCUACUUCUCCUACUCGAUCCAAGUUCCGAUUCUGGCAGAAAAAAAAUCCCAUGAAUGGGGUUCGAACCGUUUCGCAGGAAUCACUCACCAACAAGCGGAUGCCCGAGAUCAUGGUUCGUCGGGAAGUCAAAGUGGAUGUGUCGAAACUCGCAGAGCCCGCCGUCAAGUCUUCCAUGGGAAGUACUUCUUCGCACACGACUGUGACUGCCGGUGAAAUGGCAUCCCACACCUACGUCGACGAACUUUACAACCUUUGUUACUCGCCGGGAGUACGUUUACGGCCUGAUCCAGAAUACCUGCGUGCAUUAUCUCUCACCUGA